GCGCUAUCGAAUGGCAAACCAGAGGUGAUGGCGCACUGCAUGAAGAUGUUCAAUAUAGGUAUGCAAUUCGUAUUGAGUUUGGCGGGCAGGGAGUUCUGGUCCUUUUGAUGGUUGAAGUGGCAGGUCGCCACGAGGUGUUGAAUUGUGGAAGUUGUUCGUUGGUUUGUGGAGUGGGCCGCUUCUCAGUAAAGUCUGACGUUGCCAGCGGUUCCAUGGAAGGUCCACAUUGAGAGUUGCUAGGGUCUUCGAGUGAUGCCAUUAGUCACUUGCAGAGCGCUUGUGAUCAGCUUCACCAGCAUUCGAUGUGGCCCUCUCUCUGAUCCACUUUCCUUGCAAUCGGCGCAAGCCUUUUUCUCCACCACUCUGUGCCAUCGCUAGUUGGCAAAACGAAUCGAGCAGAACGAUCAUGGGGAAGAGUAGCAAGCGCCUCCCCCCCAGGGACCGCAAGAAGCAAACUGCGGACGCCUCAGCAAUGACAGGAUUUCUCAAGUAUGCAUUGGUGGCUGGACUUGCUGUGAUGGCAGCCUUCAGUUUUCAGCUCUUUACUGAAGAUGCUGAAGUGAGGGCGUUGAAGCGAUCGGUGGCGCCGCUGCAAUCUCCCAAGGUUACGGAACUGGACUACUUCCAGGAGGGGUACAAGGACGAAAUGUUGUGGGGGACGUACAGGCCUGGAAUGUAUCUUGGCAUUCGUGCAAGGGUUCCCAAGUCUAUCAUCGCGGGCUUGAUGUGGUUGGGGAUCUCGAAACAGAUGUACCGGACCCGGCACGAAUGCGAAGACUCUGACGAGAUGUCAGGUUACGGCUGGCUCCGCCAUGACGGUGUGAGAUUUGGUCGCCAGGAGCUGCUAGACGAGGGCUACCUCAUCACGACGUCAUUCAUGAAGGAUCCAGAAGACCGCGGUGCCUUUGGCGAGUGGGCCGUCCGAGUGACUUAUGAUCGGAACAAGGACUACAUUGACAUCCGGGGAGAGCAGUCGCAUUUCAAUCAAGGGUCGUUCUUAUUCUACAUAAUGGACGAAACAGAAGCUCCCCUCGAAAUUUCCCCCGACUUUUCAUCGCACGACCGACCUUUCGCGAGCGGAAAGCACGCGCAGCUGGGGCGCUGGGAGUUUCGGACGCGGCAAAACACGAAUGGGGAAGUGCAUUUUCACGGGGCGAGGGCGAAACCGGAAGACGAUCUGACGAAGAUCGUAAGAGACAACGUGGGAAAACAGGUGAUCAGCCAGAACAAGAUGAUCCUAGAUGACGUCAUCGAGCCGGGCUCCAACAUGGCGGUGUUCCAAGUCACGGGUACUGUUCCGCUGGAGGUCGACUUCUUCUUCACGUCUCCCGGAGGCGGCGGAACGGAAACGGAAGCCGCAUCCAUCCCGGGGAAGAAACGGCUGACGAAGCGGCUGCAGAAAGCGGAAGCGGCGUUCGACGAGCGGUUCGAAGAAACGUUCCGUUUGCGAGAGAACGGCGCCUCAGAAGGCGACAUCGAGGUCGCCAAGCACGCGUUGAGCAACAUGCUUGGGGGCAUGGGCUACUUCUACGGGCGGUCCAGGAUCGCAAUUUCGGACGCCCUAAAAGAACGUCUAAAAGUGCCGUACUACAAGUACUGGCCGGCGGCGCUCUUCACGGCCACCCCGAGCCGCUCCUUCUUUCCCCGGGGCUUCCUUUGGGACGAAGGCUUCCACCAGCUGCUCAUCGGCCGAUGGGACCGCCGCUUGACAUUGGACGUGAUGGCACACUGGCUAGACCUCAUGAAUAAGGAUGGGUGGAUCCCUCGGGAACAGAUUCUGGGCUCUGAGGCACGCAGGCGUGUUCCAGACCAGUUCGUUUUGCAGCACACGACGAACGCAAACCCACCGACGUUGUUCAUGCCGCUUCGAGAGAUCGCCAUGCGCAUUGCUGCGGCGUCUUCGGACGCAGCCGCUGACGUCAGCGAUGACGAACGCGCGCUCCUGGCUGCGGAGAAGGCGUUCCUGGUCCGGAGCUACCCCCGGCUCAAGGUCUGGUUCAACUGGUUCAACACCACGCAAGUCGGUAAGCUGCCCGGGAGCUACUACUGGCACGGGCGGGACGCAACCACCGAUCGGGAGCUGAACCCAAAGACGUUGACGUCAGGGUUGGACGACUACCCCCGGGCGUCGCACCCGUCCGAUGACGAGCGCCACGUGGAUCUCCGGUGCUGGAUGGCCCUCGCCGCGGAAUCCAUGGCCCUGAUCGGCCGGAUCCUAGGGGAGCCUGCUGACGUGUACGAGGAGACGGCCGAGCACCUCUCCGACUUCAGCUUGUUGAACCAGUUGCAUCUGGACGAAAAGUCUGGCAACUACUACGACUUCGGCAAUCACACCGAGAAAGUCGAACUCGUCCCGAGCCCAGUCACCGACCCCUCCACCGGCCACAUGUACGGGCGCCAGUUCGUAAGAGUGACGCACGGGAAGCCCCGGCCGCGCUUCGUGCCGCACUACGGCUACAACAGCCUCUUCCCGCUGCUCAUGCGGCUGAUCCCGCCGGAUUCGCCCAUUCUGGAGACGCAGAUUGACAAGCUGACGGACCAGCACUUUCUUUGGACGCCCUUUGGACUGCGCUCGCUCGCAAGAAGCAGUUCUAUGUACAUGAAGCACAACACGGAGCACGAUGCGCCCUACUGGCGUGGCCCCGUCUGGAUCAAUCUCAACUACCUGGCCCUUGCGGCGCUACGACACUACGGCGAUGCCCCGGGGCCCUAUCGAGAGAGGGCCCGCGAAGUCCACGCUGAGCUGCGCCGAAAUCUGGUCGGCAACAUCGUGGACCAGUACUACAAGAGCGGGUACAUUUGGGAGCAGUAUAAGGACAGCGACGAAGGGGACGGCACAGGCUCACAUCCUUUCACCGGGUGGUCCGCUCUAGUUGUUCUUAUGAUGGCGGACCAAGCAUAGCGUGCGUUUGUAUGAGCACACUAGACGUUUCGUGCACACCAAGGAGCAGCGGAGAGCAAAUCUGUGGGUUCAUUGUUUGAUUCCUUCGCUGAUGAGAACAAUAAACGUGUGUUGGUCGCAAACAGCAGAUUCACCUAUAAGGCGAUUGAUGUGAACUCAGGCCGACAUAACAAUCCGAAGACCGCAAGCCUGGGUUGCGCAUUGAAGUGAGUCGAGUCCAAUCGCUGUCAUCACUGGCAUCUUGUUUAAGGCACGCUCCUCUACAC